AUGAUCCCCCGAUCCUGUCUGCGUGUUCGAAUGCUGUUGGCAGCCUCGAUCUUCGCUAUACUACUCAUCUGGACGCUAUCAAGAUGGCACUUGAAAGCUUACAUCCCCAAAUUCGCCAGUUCCUCAUCACAGGACGUCACACAUUUGACUGCCUCACAUCACAGAUUCUGGCGGGAAUUCCACACUCUCUUAGAGACACAUGCGCCAGUCAUAGCACCUAUAGUGGAAGAUGAAAGAGCGACCACAACAGGAUUCAAUUUCCACGAAGUACCACCGCGCCCAGAUGUCCUCUACAUUCCAGACGAAGACAUAGCCAUCAUGAAAGAGGCGCAUACUGGCUUUGUCGCUGCAAUCACCGGGUCCCCACCCGACCUCCCGUACAUCCCGGGCACAAGAGGCAUAGUCUCAACAGCCGGCGGCUUCUACCUCCCAGUACUAGUAAUAUCACUCCGCAUGCUCCGCCGCACCGGCUCCACCCUCCCGGUGGAAGUCUUCCUUUCGGACGAAGACGAGUACGAGCCCUACAUAUGCGAUGUAGUCCUCCCAUCUCUCAACGCUAAAUGCGUCGUCCUAUCCCGCAUUCUCAUUGCCGCACCCGCCAAAAUCCAAAAAUACCAAUUCAAGCCCUUCGCAAUGCUCUUCUCCUCCUUCGAGGAGAUCCUCUUCCUGGACGCAGAUGCCUUCCCCCUCGAGAAACCAGAAAUCCUCUUCACAUCAGAGCCUUUCAUCUCAAACGGAAUGCUCACUUGGCCAGACUUCUGGGCCUCCUCCGUCUCCCCGAUUUUCUACGAUAUCGCAGGCUACCAAGCUCCACCAAUGGACCUCCGCCAGUCAACCGAAUCAGGCGAGAUUCUUCUCUCCAAGAAAUCACAUAUCCGCUCCCUCCUCCUCUGCACAUACUACAACUACCACGGCCCCUCCCACUACUACCCCCUCCUCUCCCAAGGCGCCGCCGGCGAAGGCGACAAGGAAACCUUCAUCGCCGCCGCAACCGCCAUGCAAGAAUCCUUCUACCAAGUCAGCGAGCCCAUAUCCGCCCUAGGACACAAAACAAAGAACGGCCUAGCCGGCUCCGCAAUGGCACAGUCCGACCCCAUACAGGACUUCGCCCUGACAAGUCGCGGUGUCUGGCGUGUUAGAGGCGAUUCCGCCCUCCCGCCUGCUAUCUUCUUCAUCCAUGCCAAUUUCCCCAAAUUCAAUCCUGCGACUAUUUUCGACGAUCAUGAGGUUAUGCCUACGUUCACCGAUGAGGGGGAGUAUACGCGUGCUUGGACGUUUCCAGAGAAUCUUGUGCAGAAGCUUAAUAGCAGGGUUGAUGUUGAGAGAGGGUUUUGGGAGGAGAUUCUUUGGACGGCUUGUGAGCUGGAGGAUAAGUUUCAGAGUUGGGCUGAGCAUCAGGGGAUUUGUGAGGGGGUGAGUGAUUACUGGAGUGUUGUUUUUGGUUGA